CCCGCCGGUCAUCGCCAUGAAUAGAGACCCGGGCGCCGCCCGCUAAAAAUACCCGGCCGCGGCCCCAUAAAAGCGCGGCCGGGCGGCGGCGGGUUCAUCUGCGCCCCGGCCCCGCGCGCCACCUCCGGUCCUCCGUCCGAUCUCGCCCCGCACCGCCGCCUCCCGCGCCAUGACCGAGCGCCGCGUGCCCUUCUCGCUGCUGCGCAGCCCCAGCUGGGACCCGUUCCGGGACUGGUACCCCGCGUCCAACCGCCUCUUCGACCAGGCCUUCGGGUCGCCGCGGCUGCCCGAAGAGUGGGCGCAGUGGCUGGGCACCUGGCCGGGCUACGUGCGCCCGCUGCCCGCCGCCGAGGUUCCCGCGGCCGCCGCGCUGUCCGCGGCCGCCCCGGGGCGCGCGCUCGCCCCGCGGCUGGGCAGCGGCGUCUCGGCCGACCGCUGGCGCGUGGCGCUGGACGUCGGCCACUUCGCGCCCGAGGAGCUGACGGUGAAGACCAAGGACGGCCUGGUGGAGAUCACGGGCAAGCACGAGGAGAGACAGGACGAGCAUGGCUACAUCUCCCGGUGUUUCACCCGCAAGUACACGCUGCCCCCUGGUGUGGACCCCACGCUGGUGUCCUCCUCCCUGUCCCCUGAGGGGACGCUCACCGUUGAAGCGCCGCUGCCCAAGCCCGCCACACAGUCCGCGGAGAUCACUAUCCCGGUCACCUUCGAGGCCCGUGCCCAGCUGGGGGGCCCCGAGGCUGGGAAGUCCCAGCAGUCUGCAAACAAUUAGAGCAAGGGGUCCUGCUGCACACCCUGAAGGCACCGUCAAGGCUGCCCAGCUCUCCCCACUUCUCUUUUGAUACUUGUAGUUCUGUUUUCCGCAAAUAAAAUGUAAAUCAGUCUAGGA